UCAGAAUGCCUGGACUCUACAAUGCCUCCACCUGGGUGCAGCUCCCUCUAGAGGCUUCUUCUAUAAGUGCCUGUGCCAAUGGAUACAGCUUCGGAAUCGCUGCACAUCUCACCUACCUAAACACGAACAGUGACUCUGUGCACGCCAUGUUUAUAUACCUACUGGAGGAGGGAGAGGUGGUGACGAAUUUUGAGGCAAUCAUUGGCAACCGCAAAGUUCAAGCUCAGGUCCAGAGCCAAAUCCGAAUGGAGGAUUGCUGCUCGGAGUGCCAGUGGGAGUCCAUACCUUGCUUCUGUCCCAAUGGUCACAUUGUGUUGGACGCAGACACAGCACAUGAUUUGUUUGCCCUCAGCGUGGGAGUACUUCCCCCUUAUACCGUUCUGAAUGUGACCUUGCGAACCAGUCGAGAGCUGCACACCCUUCCGAGCGGAGCCGUGCGUGUGAUCCUCAACUCCACACUCACACCCUUGGCCCCUGAGCCAGGGACUGCCAGCGAACAGGGGGAGGGUCUGUGUGACGACAGCCCAACCAGUUGUUUUGGGGGUGUGAGUGGUGCUGGAGGAAACUCUUGGGUUCUGCUUCCUGAUUCCUCACCCCAAAUGCAGCCUCCAGGUCGCUCCAAUUCCCUGUCUGCUGCUCUCACUGGGCCAGCCACCAAUCCACAACAUUACCAGUUCAGCUUUCGUCUGAAGGUCCAAGGUCCAUGCCUGUUGGCAGGUAUAGAGAGUCCGUCACAUGCACUCCGAGCUGAUGCAAGCCCAUUUGCUGUCUCAGCCUCCUCAGUAUGGAUCAGUCUGGCCGAGGAAUACAAGUGCGACAGAGCUGUAGAGAUAAUUCUGCACCCCAGUGAACCACAUCUCCCGCACUUGUCUCUUGAGCGAGGAGCCAAAACCUUCUUGCAGUAUGAGAUGCAGAUUAAGCAAAGAAAAGAUUUUAUCCGUGCAAUCAAGAAAUCCAGUGACCCAGAGAAACAAGUUAACUUUGUGCGAAGACGUUUCCACAAGGAUCUCCACCUCACUCCAGUCCUGAUGCUGAACUUCUGUCCUGACUUAUCUGCCCUCAGUUCCUUGAGCUCUGACCUCCCUAAUGUGACUCGGGAGGUCAUAUUCCUUUUGCAUCAUGUAGAAGAGCCCUCCCGCAAUUUUCGGGAUGCUAUUCUGCUGGCAGUGAGGAGUUUACCUGCACGCACUUUACUGAAUGUAGCAGGUGGCAUGUUUGACAGCAAGACCUUGUUCCCCACCAGCAGGCAAUGCAGCAACGAGUCCCUGGACAUGGCAUGUGAUUACAUACAGAGGGGCAGUUUGUAUGGCACCGCCAGUAAUCUGUAUUCCGUGUUAAGUCGGAUCCUGGCACUCCCAGUGCAUCGUGGAUACCCACGACAACUCUUCCUUUUUAUGGACCAUACUGCCAGUUGUCCUGGCAAAAUCAUGGAGUUGCUAAGAAGGCAUGUAAAGACCACGAGGGUGUUUGGUAUUGGUCUUGGCUCCACUGCAGAUCACCAACUUCUUCAGAAAGCUGCCGGUGUAAGCAGAGGGACAGUAGAAAUGAUCAGUGAAGGGGAGAGACUUCAACCCAAACUAAUUAAGUCCCUGAAAAAGGCACUGGAACCGGCCCUAAGUGACAUCACGAUAGAUUGGUACAUGCCAGACACCAUGGAGGCACUGUUAACUCCCCAUGAUAUUGCUUCACUCUACCCUGGGGAUUCUCUUAUUGGCUACUGUGCUCUGUAUCAUACAGCCAGCUUUCGUUGCUCAAGGAUUAUGGGCCAGAGGCCCAGGGGUGGCUCAUUCAGCUCUGUAUUCCAAUCUCAGGAUGAUUCAAAGAGUACUGGGGUCACUGAAACAAGUUGCUCAAAUCCCUCGACAGAUGAUGUAGGACGUGCACUUCAGGAAAUAUCUCAGGAGAUCUCAAUGGAAUUCUCAGCAUGUGCAGAGGACGCAGAGAGAAGUGGUGAGGGAGUUCCAUUAAGUGAUAUUAGAAAGCGAAUUGUUCAGUCAUCCUAUGUGCAAGACCAAUAUAUUCUCACUCACUGCUCUGUGAGUACUGAUCCAACCCAGGCACAGGUGCCACCAUCGGUUUGCAGUGAUCCCACUCAAGCUCCCACCUAUGGAUCAACCAGCAGUGAGUCAGUUGGGUCCCGAGAUGCUGCGUUUGAGGAGUGCACCACCCCUUGCCCUGCCUUUGACUCUCAGCAGGCACAGAAAAGUAUAUCACUAAGUGAAGGGGCACAAGGCCCAAAGAAGAACUCCACCUCUUCCUGUAAGCCCCCCCUAACACAGAGUUCAGAGGAGCUAGUCAGACGAAAAGCCCUGAUUAAAUCAACUAUGUCUGGCCGGAGUUUCUCUUCCCCUCAUGGAGAGUUGGACAUGAUGCGACUACGCAAUGUCUUUGAUAAGGUGUCUCAGAACCGAAAUCCUGAUAUGGAUGUGAGAAACUCUCAUGGGGAGAGCCUUGCUGACUCAUGUCAGAUUCUCUCUCCUUCCAACCUGGAUUGGGACAUGUUGGUCGAUGCGCAGUACCUUUUCUCGGCAUCUCCUUGUGUAGAAGGAGGGACUGCAGGAUCCAGGGCAAGCAGUGGUUCUGUGUGGCAAUGCCGGGCUGUGAUUCGUGGUUUUAUAGGGGGUAGAAGCCUCUCUUGGGAGACUUCAGUUAGCCUGGAGUCCCUUCUUAACUGUACAACUGAAGAGACUACUGCCAACCUUGAGGAAGAGGUGGACUGUGACCUACAUCACUUGGCUGCACGCUCUGUCAUUGAGGACAAUGAGGACAUGGCUUGGAGAGAAUGUGAUAUUGAACAUGGUUCCCCUCGUAGAUUUCGCUUGAAAGCUGUUCAAACUAGUAAAUCUUGCUCACAGAUCUCCAGAUUUACUUUCCACGUUCCUAUUGACCCCAGUACUCAGGAUAAUCUACCAGCGCAAAUAACCGUGUGCAAAGGUGGACGCAGUAAACGAGGCCUAAGGUCAAACUCAGGAAGUUUUGGUCAAGGGGACAGUAGGCGUUCAGAAAUAUUUGAAACUACAGGUGAAGCUCCUUCCUUCCCACAUUCUUUGGCUUCAGACACAAACUUAGAAAGGCAGCAAUGCAAAGAAGGUCAAAUUCUUAAUGUUUCUGGCUCACAAAAAUCUUCAGAUGCAUCACUGAGCUCAAGGAUCAGCCUUGGUAAAAGAAGGAUCCGUAGCAUAUCUGGAAAAUUACCCCCUCUGAAGCCACCAUGUAUUAGUGGAAACAAGGAGAGUUGCUCAGAUCAUGGUAUCCAAGACUACCUCCCUUUGAUAAGUUUGCAAUCCCCAGAAGGAUAUUUCACGCUAAACAAUAGCUUUUCCAGUAUGGUUCAGAUAUCUCUCCAGCGACUCCUUCGUGCCUCACCCUACAGCUCUCAUCGUGGUAGCCUAAGUCCAGUGUCUGAGCCAUUGCCCCAGGACCAAUCAGAAGUUUUUAGAGGUGGAGCACAGACUUACAAAAGGGGUUCCCAACCCCAAGUUCCAGUUACCCAAGACUCCCUUUUCCUUCCUAUACUUACAACAUCAUGUCCCGAAGCGCUGUGUCAUCAGGCAGAUAGUGGACGUGGGUCAGAGACUGACCCAUGUGACACUUCCCCAUGUCCUUCUGAAGCUGGCACUGAGCAGGAUAUGGAUCUAGAAGGAUGUUCUUGGGCCACGGCUGUUGCUCUUGCAUGGCUAGAGCAUCGCUGUGCUGGCUUUUUUACAGAAUGGGAGCUAUUGGCAGCACGGGCAGAGGGAUGGCUUCGGGCACAAACUCUGACUGAAGGGCUACAGUUGCCUGUUCUUAAAGGAGCUGCUCGUCAUCUCUUCUUGUUGCUUCGUCACUGGGAUGAAAACCUCAACCUCAACAUGCUUUGCUAUAAGCCAGGUGAUGUCUGA